CUACAGCCAGCAUGACAGCUCAGGGAAAACACAUUGUUUGAGAGCGCGAGAGAGUGAAAGUAAGUGAUAAGGAGGAGAGAAAGAGGAGUAUCGAGAAAAGUAGGAAGAAGAUAAACAUCAAGACUGUAAGAAAUGAAAUAAAGGAAGUCUCGUCAAUCCAUGCCUCUAGUCCAUCUCUUUCUCUUCCCCAGCAGUAGGACUAUUUGGUCAUCACAAUGGCCCACAACCAAAGCAUUCCCCUUCGCCUCCUGUCCAACUUCUCCCUCCCCCAAAUCAUCCCUCCAUCCCUCACAAACCCCUCCUCAUCCCUCUAUCCGUUCUCCUCCUCGACAUCCCCCUCCCUGUUCCUGUCCACCUCCAUGCACAUCCUGAACACCACCAACACGUCUGUUUUCGGGGGAAACCAAAGCAUUGUGGGUAAUACCACCUCCACGACAGUAGGGGCUCUCAUCCUGUGUCUGGUCUUGCUGCUGGGCCUCCCCGGCAACCUCUUCAUCAUCUGGAGUAUCCUGGCGCGUGCCCGCCGCCGCUCCGUCACCACCCUCCUCAUCCUCAAUCUAGCGGUGGCCGACGGCUCACUCAUGGCGCUCACGCCCUUCUUCGUGAUCUACCUGGUCAAGAAGACCUGGGUUUUUGGCAACAUCAUGUGCAAGAUACUCUUUUACUUGUGCCUAGCCAACAUGUACGCCUCCAUCCAACUGAUCAUGCUGAUGAGCCUGCACAGGCUGGUGGCCGUGGUGUGGCCUAAGCGCGUCGCUGCACUUGCUGGAUGGAAGGCUGUACUGCGUGGGGUGCUGGUGCUGUGGACCAUGGUGCUGGUCGCGUCCAUCCCUGCGUUGCUGUUCAGGGACGAGCGGAAGACCGUGCACCCCAACGGGAAGAGCCGGGUAGUGUGUGAGUCGUUGCACAAGCAGCAGAGUCAUGUGGUGCUCCAGUACACGUUGGAAACAGUGCUGGGAUUUGUAGUUCCUUACGGGGUGAUUAUCGGCAGCUACAUCUGCAUCCUGCGGCGGAUCAGGCAGACAAGGUUCAGGAGGAGGAUCCGCAGUGAGAAUCUCAUCCUGGCCAUCGUGGUAACCUUCGGUGUCUUCUGGUUGCCCUACCAUGUCAUCAACAUCGUGCAGGUUGCUGCAGCACUUUCUCCAAAGGAUUCAACUCUAAAAGCAAGGCUUGACCCUAUUUGGCAGACCAGCCGUGCGGUCACCUCAGCCCUGGCCUUCAUCAGCAGCUGUGCCAACCCUGUCCUCUACACUUUUGUUGGCAAGUCCUACAUCAGGCGGGACGGCUUUGCCUUCAUGGCCCGCUUGUUCGAGGGCACGGCGCAGGACUCUGGGACAAGGAAGAGCCGACAGAACAGCCAGAAUAGCCGAGAGAGAGACAGGGAUGCAAAGGAGGUCGGACUGAAGGAAAAGGAGGGAGACCUAGAGUCGACAACCAGCUCCAAUGUCAUGAGUCCCGUCUGUGUGAAACCUGUUAAGAAUGGCAAGCCGGGCCCGAUUCCGACUUAGGAAAUGAUGCCUUUCUUUUGCACAUCUUUCCUACACAUUUCUCAGUAGUUUACCUUAUGAAGGUGAGUAAUGGGCUUCGCAGGAGUGGUUCCCUUACGCGCACUGAAGAAAUGUCAUUCACCUGCUGAAAACCCUCUUACUUACUGGCCAACAGAUUUUCUCGUGGAGUUUUCAUUCAAUAGAGUUUUCAGUACAUUUAUUUAGCCAUCCCUUUAAAUAUGGCGUACCUUUUAGUUUUGUUUACAGACUCGAUACAAUAUAUCGAGAGAAUCGGUUCAGAAUAUUAGGGAUCAAUUAAAGAAAGCCAUCUUAGUAUAUAUGUGCAUACUCCUCUCAGUUUCAGCACCAAGUGGUAGAUUUUAAAACACUCUGAUCUUUUAGAUUAUUUAGGGUUAGGAAAUUGUUUGUGAAUCCUAAAAAAAGGUUAGGAGGAAGAAAAUGGGUUUGAUUCAUACAGAAAAUUGCCACGUUCAGAUCUUUAACUCAUGGUAAUUUUGGAUGAUUAGUGAACAAAGAAAUAUAAUCGGGAGAAUAGUGUGAAAUAGUAGGCUAAACCUUCAUAUAUUUCCUGCACUAACCAUGGAACUGUGUGAUGACACAUCCAAGUAUUGCCCCAUACGCAACCAAACUGUUACGUUUGGUCUGUGCUCCUCUCCAUAACGAUUGAAUUAGCUAUGUCUUAAAAAAAAUAAUAUAUAUAUAUAAACCGUUACUAAUGAUCCUCACCAACAACCACAUGCCCGUGAUGGCGUUUACAGAGGAAGCAAAUGAAGGUUAACAAAAAAAAAAAUAGUGUCAUUAAAUGGAACGAUAAUGUAGACUACACCAACUGAAGGGAACUAACAGUAAAUUGGCAGUUGAAUAUGUGUUAUUAGGCCUACUGACGAUUGAUGCUGAUAGUGACUAAUAUUUAACAUGAUAGAAAUAGGAAACAGAGAAGGUCGGGGUAGCCUAUAAAUCAAGACAUUCGAGAGUGCCCAUCCCAGCAAGGUAAGGCCGUACAAUUUAAAUUUUGCCUAAUGGCACAGCAUUUCAUAAACGUCACUGUGGGAAAGUUGAUAUGCUUCAGUUUUCUACCAUUUGACUGGUUUCACAUAUGCCUCCAGCAAUUAUAAGAUCAAAUAUAUCUAAAACAGGUGUCAUUUAAAUGUAAAAUUCCCUUAUCCAAAGGGAUUACUCAUUUACCUAGCUCUUCCCAAUAGCUCUUAUCAAGUUAUAAAUUAGACCAAAAUUAAGUAGAUACUUUUUCCACUUUUUUCCUUAUUCAUGGUUUCCUCAUGCUAAAGGUGUUGGAAUUAUUACCUUCAUUUAUUCGGUCUCCACCACAAAUUAAUAGCAGGUGAAAAGCACGCUAUUCUCAUGCUUAAAUUGAAGGUCAGAAUACGCAUAGAGCGAAAAGUGCAUAAAAAAGCAAUUACACUCAUUUUACACAUGCUUAACUAUUGACCCGAUUCCGACUUAGGAAUGUAUGCCUUUCCUAUGCAUGCUUUCCCUAUGCAUGCCUUUCCUAUGCAUGCUUUCCUAUGCAUGCCUUUCCUAUGCAUGUUUUCCCUAUGCAUGUUUUCCCUAUGCAUGCUUUUCCUAGGCAUGCUUUCCCUAUGCAUGCUUUUCCUAUGCAUGCUUUCCCUAUGCAUGCUUUUCCUAUGCAUGCUUUCCCUAUGCAUGCUUUUCCUAUGCAUGCUUUCCCUAUGCAUGCUUUUCCUAUGCAUGUUUUUCCUAUGCAUGCUUUUCCUAUGCAUGUCUUUCCUAUGCACUUUUCAGUAUUUGGCAUUCAGACUUAUUUAGUCGUGUAAAGCGCUCUGCAGGAGUGGCUACCUUGCGCACUUUGAAUACAUUGCAUUCAACUGCUGAAAACCCUCCCCAUAUGCUGGGCAACAGAUUUUCUCUUGGGGUUUUCAUUCAAUGGGGUUUUCCUAUAGCUCUGGUCUCCAAUUUUCAUCUUUGCAAAUUAUGAGAGCACACAAUUAGAAUUCUGAAUAACUGCAUGGCUAUUUAUAUCCUAUUUCACUGUGCAAUACAGUAACUGUCAUGUUGAUAAGACUUUCAGUUUGCUUCCAUAUGGCUGGUUUCACAUGAGGAAAAGUUAUCUAAAACAAUUACCAUGUGUAUUUACAAUCCCCUUCUCAAAACGGAUUACUCAUUUACCUAGCUCUUAUAAAUAUAUAUGAUCAAGUUGUUAUUACAGUGCAUGGAGAAAUUGUGUUAUUUCUAUUGGAACAAAUUAAGUAGAUGCUUUUUCUACUUUGAACCGGGAGGUUUGCUAGACCUUAUUCAUGGGUUCCUCACGUAAAGGUGGUGGAAUUAUUAGGGAAUUAAGUCAAGGUCAGAAUACGACGUAUCUGUAGACACUCCUCCGCCUCACCUUCAUUUAUUCGGUCUCCACCUCGAACGAAUAGCAUACUAUUCCCAUGCUUAAGUUCAAGGUUUGAAUACGCAUAGAGAGGAAAACGCAUUAAAAAAAGGAAUAAAGUUCCAUUUACACACGCUUAACUCUGGUCGGAAACUGGGCCAUAGUGACUGGAAAAUGAAUGAGUUGGACGCUAUUUCAGAAGCUGUUUUGGAGGGAAUGUAGUUUCCUGUAGUUCGCAUGGUUGGCCACUAGAUGUGCAAAUCAUGUUUCCUAAUGGUUCAUGACUGACUGAACCAUAUCUCUGUUUUUAGAGGUGGUGAUUCAAGCUCAGUGGGUGGUGGAGUGAAUUUAGUCAAUUGUCUUUACAGUAUGCUUUGUCUGACUCUCUCUCCUUCUCUCCAUUUGUGUGUGUGUCCGCGCGCAUGUGAUUUACUGCUGUAAGUACACUACAAUACCAUAUUGUUAGAGUAAAAAGAGCACUGUAUAAUGUAAAGUGUUACCAAUAUUUGUAUAAUUGUUUACCACAUUUAUUUGAUCAAAAGCAUUAAGACAUGUUGUGUUUGUGCCAGUGCAAAAAAAUUAAAAACACUUUUCUCAGAGAAGAUAUGGCUGCCGUUGAUUGAUUAGGAAACUCUUAGAGGUGAGAUCGACAUUCACAACAAGACAGCUAUCAGAAGAGUCAUGACCGACUGGCAAGCAAUAGCAUGCAGGACUUUCACAAUCAGUCCAGUCAUUUCUUUGCCUUCAGGGAAUUAGUUUCCCUCCUCUUCCUCCUUUUUUCCUGGAACUAUUGUCAUCUCUUUUUCUUGUUCUGCCUCCUCGUCCUCCACCUCUCUUUUCCCUGGAACCAUUGUCAUCUCUUCAACCUCUCCCUCUGGUUUCCCACCUCCCCAGUCCUCCUUCUCUUUCUCUCUACCGCUACCAUCAUGCUUUGCUCUCACGCUGGGCAUGUCCAUGUUGGUGGCCGUCCCCUCAAGCAGCUGUGCCACGCCCCCAAAACACCUGGAGGAGGAGCCAUAGAUUGUGAGGGAGGAGCCAGAGCAGGAGCCAGCCAUGGUAUAGAGCAGAGGGUUGACAGCACUGCUGAGGUAAGCUACAGCUAUGACCACUGUCCUAGCUCUCAGACAGAACCCCAGCAAAUCCGUGGAAGACCCGGAGAGAACGGCCCCCACCUGAAACAAGGAAUCAUAAGUUUCAUUAUGAACUUGAACUAUGUCUACAGACAGUAGAUUUGUGUUUUAAUGCUAUUUUUUUAAUCCCAAAUUUUGAUCUUGUCUCAUCGCUGCAACUCCCCAACGGGCUCAGGAGGCAAGGUCGAGUCAUGAUUCCUCCGAAACAUGACCCGCCAAACCGUGCUUCUUAAUACCCGCACCAAUGUGUCAGAGAGAACACUGUUCACCUGACGACCGAGGUCGGCCUGCAUGCGCCCGCCCCGCCACAAGGAGUUGCUAGAGCGCGAUGUGCUAACUAAAGCCCCCCCCCCAGCCAAACCCUCCCCUAACCCUGACGACACUGGGCCAAUUGUUCGCCGCCCUAUGGGACUCCCGAUCACAACCGGUUGUGAUACAGCCCGAGAUCGAACCCAGGUCUGUAGUGACGCCUUAGACCGCUGUGCCACUCGGGAGGCCUCCAAUGGUGACUUUAAAACAGUUACAGAGUUUAAUGGCUGUGAUACGAUAAAACUGAGGAUGGAUCAACAACAUUGUAGUUACUCAACAAUUCUAACCUGAUUGACAAAAUGAAAAGGAGCCUGUAAGAAAUAUUCCAAAACAUGCAUCCUGUUUGCAACAAAGCACUAAAGUAAUACAGUGAAAAACGUGGCAAAGCUUUUUGUCCUGAAUAAAAAAGUGUCCUAUUUGGGACAAAUCCAAUACGACACAUUACUGAGUACCACUCUUUGCAUCAUGUUAUGGAUGUGCUUGUAAUCGUUAAGGACAGGGGAGUUUUCAGCAUAAAAAAGAAUUGCUGCCAAAGGUGCUUGUGCAAAGUAUUGACUCCGGUAUGUAGAUAUUUCUGUGUUUCAUUUUCAAUAAAUUUGCUAAACAUUUCUGAAAGCAUUUUUUUCACUUUGUCAUAACGGUUUAUUGUGCGUCGAUGGGUUAUUAUUAUUAUUUUUUUAAUCCAUUUUGUAUUCAGGCUGUAAAACAACUAAACGUGGAAUAAGUCAAAGGGUAUAGAUAUUUUUUGAUGGCACUGUAUGUACGUACUGUAUAUACAGUGCAUUCAUACCCCUUGACUUAUUCUACGUUUAGUUUCACAGCCUGAAUACAAAAUGUGUUAAAUAAAAAAGGUUCCUCGUCAAUCUACACACAAUACCCCAUAAUGACAAAGCGAAAAUCGAUUUAAUUUUUUUUUUUUUGCUAAUUUAUUAUAAGUAAAAAAUUUUAAAAAAACGUUAUUUACAUAAGUAUUCAGACCCUUUAAUAUAUAUGCCCACUUGCAGGAUGUUGACCAGGUGGUACGGAGCCCACAAGAGGGCGAAAGUCACGACUAUCAGUGUGAUGAGGCGGUUGGUCUUCCUGUAGGAGCGGUGGUGCCAGUGGGCACGGCUGGAUGCUAAGGCAUGAGCGAUGCGUAAGUAGCAGAACGUCAUGAUGCUGAAGGGGACCAGGAACGCAGUAACUGUUUCUAGGGAAUAGUGGAACACCUGGUGGAGAGGAUAGGACGAGAAACGAUUUGAUUUCAUUAUUAAAGUGUCUUCAGGAUGCCAAGCCCACAUGGGGUUACAUUUUAGUAUGAGUGUAAUUACAUAUUUUAUCUACUUAAAUUGCAGUUCUUGUCUGUUACAAAUAAAUGCAUCAAAAACUAUGUUGACAGAUUGAUCAAUUGUUUUAGCUAUAUCCACAUCUAUUUAGAAUAAAUAUGCAUAUAGAAUUUAAAAAAUCUACGAUAUGUUUUAUGGAAAACAGAUGAAAUAAUGUGGUGUACAAUACUAAAAUAACAAGAUGUAUGAAGGAAUAUUCUGUCAGUAAAGUUACCUGGUGGGCGGGCCCGGGGUGAUGCGUGGUACACUCCCCCUUUCGGACCUGGCGGUACACAAGCUGAGGAGUGGGCAGCACCGUAGCCAGCGCCCACACCACACCCAUGAUAGGAAAGAGCCUCGACUUCGUCCGGACGCGCUGGGACCAGAAAGGGCGUAGCACGCCAUGGAGUCUGUCGACCCCCAUCAAGGUAAUCAAUAGGAUGCUGAGGUACAUGUUGAUGCCACAGACAUAAUGCAGGAGCUUACACAUUAUCUCUCCAAACUCCCAGACUCUGGCCUUGAAGAGCUGGUGAAUAAAGAAGGGUGCGGAGAGCAGCACGAGUGCGUCAGCGGCCGCUAGCUGGAGGAUGAAGAGGGACGUGAUGGAACGGCGACUCAGGCGGAAUAGUAUGGUCCAAACCACUAGGAGGUUUCCGGGGAGACCCAAGGCCAUAGCAACCAGGAGAAAGGAGAUUCCAACAGAAUAAGGGAUGGAGGGGUUGGGAGCGGAUGAGUCGGUAGAGAAGUAGGUGGUGGUAUUCCAUGCUGUGGAUUCCAUCCUGAGAGUCGGAAUCGAGAAA